CCUGGCACAGACCUGCGCCCACUGGACCUCCUGUCGGAGGUGACCCCGGCCGGGGCGCUGUCCCGCGGCCUGUGGAUGCUCCAGGUGCAGGGGGUGCGCGGUUUCCACCUCGGCACCUCGCCGCCUCCCCUCUCCGACAACCAGUGGCACACGCUCAUCCUGGCCGUGUCCGGCCAGUCCUUCUCCUUGACCGUGGACUGCAGCAUCCCCAAGGAUGUGGUGGUGGAGACGCCGUUUCCAGCCGCGCUGUCAGUGAGGAGAGCCAACUUCUACCUGGGCAACAGGCGGAGAAGGAAAGGCAUGUUCACGGGCUUGCUGAGACAGCUUGUCCUGCUGCCAGGAGCUGAUGCCACCCCUCAGAUAUGCCACGCCUUGAACUUCAAGGUAGCAACGCUGUCUGUCCCCACUGUCCUCCAGGACGUCCCUGCGAAGCCAGCGAGCAACGAGGUGCUCAAAUACCCCUACGAGACCGACACGAAGGUGACCCUGGGGUCCCGUCCACGCUGCACCAAGCAGGACAAGGCACAGUUCUGGUUCAAUGCUUCCCGGCGAGGGCUGUACCUCUGCAACGGCAGUACCUGGGUCUCCAUGCUGGAAGUCAAACGCAGGCUGGACUACGUGGAGGAGUACCAGAACCUGGUGACCAACUCUGAGACAAUGGGCAUUGAGGUCUUCACCAUCCCAAAGGUGGGACUGUUUGCAGCCACAGCCAACCGGAUCACCCCACCAGGAUCAGCCAUCUACAAGUGGACUGAUGGGAAGUUUAUGCCCUACCAGAACAUUCCCACCUAUCAAGCUCAGUCCUGGAAGUAUUUCACCAUCGGUAAGAAGAUCUUCCUAGCAGUGGCAAACUUUGAGCAGAAUGAGAGGGGCCAGGAGCUCUCUGUAAUAUACAAGUGGAGCCGCAGGAAAGCGAAAUUCAUCAUAUACCAGAGGAUCACCACGUACAGCGCCAGGGACUGGGAGGCCUUUGUCAUCGAGGGGGAGACUUUCCUCGCCGUGGUCAACCACAGAGAAGGGAACAACCACAACAUAGACAGUGUGAUAUAUAGGUGGAACCCCAGGACAGGGCUGUUUGAAACCAACCAGACCAUCCCAACCUCUGGAGCCUAUGACUGGGAAUUUUUCACCAUUGGGCCGUAUUCCUUCCUGGCUGUGGCUAACACAUUCAAUGGCACAUCCACUAAGAUCUACUCACACAUAUACAUCUGGCUCAGUGGCUCUUUCCAGCUCUUUCAGUCUAUCCUGACAUUUGGUGCUGCUGACUGGGAGGUUUUUCGUAUCGGGGACAGAGUCUUCCUGGCUGUUGCCAACAGCCACAGCUAUGACAGUGGAAUGCCAGCACCCUCCAACUUCUAUGCCAUCAACUCCUCCAUCUAUGAGCUGAACAUCACUGCCCAGAUGUUUGUUAAAUUCCAGGACCUUCUCACCUACAGUGCCCUGGACUGGGAGUUCUUCUCAGUGGGAGAUGACUCUUUUCUGGUGGUAGCAAACUCCUUCGAUGGCUUCACCUUCUCCGUUAACAGUAUCAUCUACAGGUGGCAAGGCUACGAAGGCUUUGUGGUGGCCCAUCACCUCCCCACUGUUGGCUGUAGAGACUGGGAGGCAUUUCACACCACCGAGGGCUCCUACCUGCUCUACUCCAGUGCCAAGGAGCCACUUUCCAAGGUGCUCAAGCUGAAAACCACCUGA